AUGCACAAGAAGAGCAUAGAUAGAACGACCACAUACAGAGCAGAGUGUGAAAAGAGGAAGAAGAGGCGAAAGAGCAAGUACUACGCGCUGGGGCCGGAAGACAAAUCCAAGACGAGCCAGACAGAGCAAAUAUACAACACACAAAGACUGCCAUUGCUACUCUGCCCAACGUUCUCUUCUCUCACCGGAACCGCUAAAGACGACUUUGAGCUGAACCAAACUCCACCAUCCUCUCCACGCCUCUCCCCACACAUUACUCCAUCUUCACUCGAGGCACCAUCACAACUACAAGUCCAAUCGCAAACUCACAGUUUACUUACAUCUCAGUCUCACAUUCUCACCGUAUCACCUCCUCCCUCUCAGUCUUCGUCUCGUCCAUCUUCACCAACACCAUUGGAAACGUCGCCCCUGAUUUCACUGCCUCUCCGUCCAUCUACUCCUACGCAUAAACAUUCAAGCAGUCAUGAUUCAAUUAUUACGUUGUUUGGGCGGGAUAAUGGAGGAGAUAAAGAUGGACACGCAAGUAAUGGAAAUGGUGUGAUUAUAAAUGGUCCUAAUAAUAUGAGUAAUGGUAAUAUGAACAAUAGUGUAGCCGGGAAUACAACCACGCCUAAUGCCAUUACGACCACUGCUACACCGCAGCUUUCCACACGAACCCAUCCGUCAUGUUCACGCUGCCCGCCCGAAGUCUUCCUUACAAUCUUCGAGCUCUUGUGUUCAAUCCAUCAAAGUUCGCUUUUUUCAUGCAUUCUCGUGAACCGGGAAUGGAAUUUUAUUGCUACGAGUGUUUUAUGGAGCAAUCCGCGUUUUUCUCAUAUGCGUGCAUUGGAUAAAUUUAUUGGAACUUUAGAGGCGGGACUUCGGGUUGGAUCCAAAGAAAGGAUAGAAAAUAAGAGUGUUAAGAAGGAUAGAAAAGGGAUAAGUAGCGGUGAAAAUAUAAAAAGGAGCGGUAUUGGUCGUACGCGACGAGAGAGAAAGGAAGUUGGGUUAACGGAGGAGACGACAAGUCGAGUUAGCAGCCAAAUAGAUGUAUCGCAAGUGGAAGGGCAGCUUGAAGAAGCUGAUAAAGCGCUACAGUCCCAUAAUUCACGCUUGUCCAAUCCAUAUCACCACUACCAAUCCUACGUCCGGACGCUCGACCUAACCCACUUAACCGAACACGACCGCAACAGCUCUACCCUUUCCACACAUCUUCUUCGCCUUCUUCCUAUUAUUCACGACGAAGGCUUCACCUCUCUCAACCUUUCCUUUGUGAAAGGUAUCACUAAUGCCUACCUUACGAAACUACUGUCCCCUUUUUUAUCUCACAUCAAAACUUUAAACCUUGCCGGCGGUUCUCGUUCUGAUUCUUGCAUAUCGUCUGUGAUUCCGAAUUGUCUUUCUGUACAGCAUUUGUCACUCGCGUGGAACACGGGAAUAUCGGAUUCGAGUAUUGAAUCCGUUGCGGAGCAUGUUGGUUCAAAGCUGCGAUCGUUGGAUUUGACCAAUUGUGAAAAAGUUAGUGACAGAGCUUUAAUAGCAGUUGCCAAGGGAUGUACUAGGCUAAGAGUAUUAAAAGUGAGUUAUUGUAGGGGUAUUAGCGAAGAAGGUAUUAGCGAAGUAAUGAAGAAAUGUGAAGAGCUGGAGAUAUUGGAUGUGAUUGGCUGUUUGGGAAUUAAUAACGAAUUCGUUAAUACGAUCAGAAACUGGGGCAUAGGAAGAGGAGUUAUGGUUUACACUUUUAGUGGUUCCCGCCGUGGUAACUAA